AUGACAGCUUCGCUGGUCCUGCAUCCACACUGGGCGGACACCUUGAUGUAUGUGUAUGAAAAAAUCCCGAUUGAAAAUAUUCCACAUAAAAAACAAGCCAUGGAGGGACUGAACGGAAACUGUCCUGCUACUCACUGCAGGGAAGUGAUCUCUCACCCCGCGUUGGGGCGCCACUCUGGAAGUAUACUGAGCCACCAGGGCUCGGUUUAUCCGGACCCACCCGCGCAGGACACGGCUAGGCAGUGUCCUGCCCCGCAAACGUCCUCGGGUGCGGCGCUUGGUUAUGGUUAUCCUUUUGGGAGCCCUUAUUACGGAUGCCGUCUGUCGCAUUCGCACAGCGCCAAUGUGCAGCAAAAGCCGUGCUCCUACCAUUCAUCCGAGAAAUAUAUGGAACCUAGCGGACUUACUGAAGAGCUUUCAAGCCGGUCCAAAGAAUUUGCUUUUUACCCGAGCUUUACCGGCUCAUACCAAACUGUCUCUGGCUAUUUGGAUAUGUCAGUGAUGCCAGGAAUCAGCGCACAUCCAGAACAACGGCACGAUACUUUCAUUCCAAUGGAUGGCUAUAAUCAUUGGUCACUGUCGAAUAGCUGGGACGGCCAGGUAUAUUGUUCCAAGGAGCAGUCUCAGUCAAGUCACCUCUGGAAGUCCCCCUUUCCAGACGUGGUGCCACUGCAGCCUGAAGCCAAUAGCUACCGUCGUAGCCGCAAGAAGCGGGUGCCUUACACCAAGAUCCAGUUAAAAGAGCUUGAGAAAGAGUACGCCUCCAGCAAAUUCAUCACCAAAGACAAGAGACGGCGCAUCUCAUGCGCUACUAACCUGUCCGAACGCCAGGUCACAAUCUGGUUCCAGAACCGACGUGUAAAGGAAAAGAAAUUCGUCUUUAAAUCGAAGUCAAACACCCACAUGCAGGCCACCUGA